GGAAAAUCGUUCUUUCUGUUCUUGGAGUCGGGAAACUGCAGUUGAAGUGAAUCAGUUAAAGUAUCACCUUGAAUAGAAACUGAAACAACAAACUAAUUAAAUAUGUUACGACAGAUAACGGGAGCCAUUGGAUCCCUCAGACUUAGGACGUACGGAGUCAAUUACCAUAGUGGAAAUUACAGAAAUGUUAAGGAGCGGAGAAACGUGUAUGGAAAUACCAACACUAACAGGAAUGGACGUUUUGAGAAUCACAAUAAAAAUAAUAUUAACAAUAUUUCUGGCAACUUGAGGAAACCAAAUUGGAGUUCAGAAAGUUUAAAACCAUUUAAAAAAGAUUUUUAUAUACCACAUCCUGAUGUCCAGUCACGUCAUCCACAAGACAUAGAUUCAUUUAGACAAGAAAAUCAAAUCACACUUAAGGGAGAAAAAAUUCCAAAUCCUAUUCAACAUUUUGAAGAAGGAAAUUUCCCUGAUCAUGUCAUGCAAUGUAUCAGAAAACAAGGAUUCAGUGAGCCAACAGCUAUUCAAGCUCAAGGAUGGCCAAUUGCUAUGUCUGGUCAAAACAUGGUUGGAAUAGCACAAACUGGCUCUGGAAAGACUUUAGGAUACAUCUUGCCAGCAUUAGUACAUAUUAGUAGUCAACAACCUUUAAAUCGUGGCGAUGGGCCGAUUGCUCUCAUCCUAGUGCCAACCAGAGAAUUGGCACAACAAAUUCAAGAUGUUGCCCACAAUUUCAGCUCUUUGUCAUAUGCAAAAAGUACAUGUAUUUUUGGUGGAGCACCAAAAGGAAAACAAGCUCGUGAUUUAGAACAAGGAGUUGAAAUCUGCAUUGCCACACCUGGACGAUUAAUCGAUUUUCUGGAACAUGGCACAACCAACUUACGCAGAUGCACUUACCUGGUAUUGGAUGAAGCAGACAGAAUGUUAGACAUGGGUUUUGAGCCUCAAAUUCGAAAAAUCAUUGAACAAAUUAGGCCAGACAGACAAGUUCUUAUGUGGUCUGCAACAUGGCCAAAAGAAGUCAGAAAUCUUGCCGAAGAAUACCUUGUAGAUUAUACACAAUUGAACAUUGGAUCAUUAACCCUGUCAGCUAACCACAACAUUCUACAAAUUAUUGAUGUUUGUGAGGAACAUGAAAAACAAACAAAAUUAGAAAACCUUCUGCAGGAAAUUAGUAGUGUUAAUCCUAAUGAUGGAAAGACAAUAAUUUUUGUUGAAACAAAGAAAAAAGUAGAGAAUAUUGCCAGAAAUAUUCGUCGUUAUGGCUGGCCUGCAGUAUGCAUACACGGUGACAAAUCGCAAGGAGAAAGAGAUCAUGUUCUUACAGAAUUCAGAAGGAAAAGGAACGCAAUUCUUGUAGCAACAGAUGUUGCUGCCCGCGGAUUAGAUGUCGACGACGUAAAGUUUGUGAUCAACUUCGAUUACCCAACAUCAUCUGAAAACUACAUUCAUAGAAUCGGUAGGACGGGUCGUUCAAAUAAUUCAGGAACGAGUUAUGCGUUCUUUACACCACAAAAUUGUCGACAAGCGAAAGAUUUAAUCAAUGUGCUCCAAGAAGCGAAACAAGUCAUUAACCCUAAACUUUGGGAACUCGCGGAGAAAACCGGAAAUGGUAUUGCUCAACAUCGUUGGGGAAACGACAACUAUCGUAGACGAGAAAAUAAUUUCCCCAAAAUUCACAAACGAUUUGAUGCAGUAAAUUACUUCAACGCGUAGAUCUGUUCCAACUUCCGACCACAUUACCAAACAAAAUUAUCUGUUGGAGAUUCAAAACUUGUUGCAAGGAAGAUUCUUCACGUUAUUUUAUGUUAGAUACGUGUUCGGUUAGUUCUUUUUUAUUUUUAUUUAUAAUUGUUUUAAUUGCUAAUAAUAGGGACUCAGUAAUACAAUAGAGAAACAAAAAACAUGUGCUUUUGAUAGAUUUUUAUUACUAUAUUUUUACACUGUCAUUUGUUUGAAGCACGGAGAAAGUGAAUAAAUACGUAAAAUACGAUGAUUGACAAUAUUGCAAAGAUUAAAUUUAGUUAAAAAAUUUUUUGUUUUAUUUAAAUCUUAGUUACAACAAAUUUUAAUUGUAAUUUAUAGUGAAGGAAUUAUGAAGAUUUCUUUUUGAAUAAAAAUUCUCUGUGUAUUUUCGAAGAUGGGGGUUUAAAGAGACAUGGGUAGAUAGUAAAUGUAUCAGUAUUCGUUCCACUUUAAUGUGAUCAAUUUUAUUUUUUGAUCAUACAAUAAAGUUACUUUCUUGUUUAACUAUAUUUAUACGUUAAAGUGUCCUAAAUAUUAUGACUAAAACUACAUUUGUUACAUGAACGUUUUAUCAAUGUUAAGUAUUGAUAUUACGAGAUAAUUUUAAUUUAUUGAAAAAGAGAAACAUCGGUUGAUCGAUUCAAUCUUACAGUAAAGUAUUAUCUAUAUGUAAAAAUGUAGUUUGAUUAAAACUUUCCAUCGAUCUGACGGAGUAUUCAAGACCGUCAUAGCACUUGAACCUGCGUUUCCCGUAACUCCGCACAUUGCUGUAUCACAUUUGUAAUUUAAGAAAUAAACUGACUAAAUUAAA